AUGUCACAUUAUAAUUCAGGUGGAGGAUAUAGGUCAAGAGGUGGAGGUUCAUCAUACCAGUCUCAGCGAGAUUAUCGCCAGUAUAAUAACGGCGGUGGAAACCGCUAUAGUAGUGGCGGAUACGCUAAUUACAAUAAAUAUAACACCAAUCAAUACCAAUCACAAGUACAACAAAGGAAGCCAUACAACAGGAGUAACAAUUAUCAAGAUUAUCCACCUAGAAAUAACUAUCAGAACUCGUAUGAUCAGGGUAAUUACUCAUCGGAAAACCAAAACCAAUUAUGGAUGGGCGAUUUAGAUCCAUCGUGGGAUGAAAAUGCUAUAAAGAAGAUAUGGUCCGCAUUUGGAGAGACUCCUGUGGCAGUCAAGAUAAUUAGAGAUAAAUUUGAUUCUACCAACUCUAAGACUAAUGCUGGCUAUUGCUUUGUAUCUUUUGCGAACCAGAAAGCGGUUUCAACCGCAGUUUUGAAGAAUGGCCUACAAAUACCAGGAUCUACAAAAGUUUUCAAAUUGAACUGGGCAAGUGGUGGAUCUUCAGCUCCUCAGGAAAAUAGCUUCAAAUCAGCGGGCAAGCCGCACAUCGAUUAUUCGAUUUUUGUAGGAGACUUAGGAUCUGAUGUAACAGAGCCAAUGCUAUUUGAAUGUUUCAAUAAAGUUUACCCUAACCAAGUUAAACAGGCAAAAAUCAUGUUUGAUCCUGUUACCAAGUUAUCGAAGGGAUUUGGAUUUGUUCGAUUCAACACCAGUUUUACACAACAAAAAGCUUUGAAUGAAAUGAAUGGUGCUAUUGCAGGAAACAGACCAAUACGGGUUGGUAUGGCGGCAGGUAGCAGUAACAACGCGGUGGGACAGGAUUUAACGUCUAAAACUGAAACACCGGUCCCGUCCAAUAUCCAGAUAGUUCAAUCACAACCAACAUUGAACGCGCACACAGAUCCAGAUAAUACCACUAUAAUAAUAAAAGGAUUGUCAUCAAAAUUUAGCGAAUACGAAUUAUGCUUACAUUUCAUAGCCUUUGGAAACAUCGUGUAUUGUAAAUUAGCGUCAGAUUUCAAUUCCGGUAUUAUAAAAUACUUUCUCCGAUCGUCUGCUGAAACUGCUUUAUUAUUUAUGCAUGGAAGUAUAGUUAAUGAUUGCAGAAUAGUAGUAAAUUGGGGUAAGAGUGACGAUGCAGAACUGUCCAAGAUCAAUUUUAUGCCAAAUGAUUCAAAGACAUACAACAAAGCAUCGCCUGCUCCUUUACAUUAUGGAUUAUUUUCUCAACAUAAUAUAAGAUUCGAUAAAUUGUCCAAGGAACAAGCUCUUGAAGUUCGCCAGAAUAUACUAGAAGAGAGCGAACCAAUCUCUACGAAUAAACUCAAUGAUAUAUAUGUUAGUGGCAAAUUACAGAGAGAUGAACUACUUGAUUCCGCAGCAUUUUAA